AUGGGCGGGGUAGGCGGAUCCCCCUUGGCAAUGCUCGCGGCGCAGUGUAAUAAGCUGACCAACAAGUCCCCGCCCCCUCUAGCUGAUGCGGCGGUAGGGAAGGGUUUUCACCCCUGGAAAAAGUGUAGUGGUCAGUCGUUGACAAGUGGUAGCCCAGAGGAGACAAGAACUAACAGCCAACCCUCCAGUCCUGCUCAAUCUACAUAUUCACACAAUACAUCUCCAGCACCUCAAUACGGUGGUCCGGUUUAUAAUCCGUACUCUAGCUCCCAUCAAACCCAAUCCUCUCCAUCUCCGUCCCACUCCUCCUUGUGUAAACUCGAUCAAUCCUCUCCAACCAGUGCAGCUCAACUUCAGAGCAUGCAGACCAUGUACACAAGGGUGGCCGGGGUUAACCCCUACGAGUCCUGGCCCUUUAACAUGUCCAGCUCUCAUAUCAAGCCGGAGUACAAGCAGGACCCUCUACAAGGCUCCUGGUGGGAUAUGCAUACACAAGCUGGCAGCUGGUUAGAUGCUGCUAGUGGGUUAGGAACAGCUGCUACAAUGCAUGCUGCUCAGAUGGCAAACUAUACAGAUUACAGUGCUGCUUCUGCUCUAGGAUUAGCAAGCAGCUCCGCACUACUCUCAGGGUCACAUAUGCUCCAGGAUACUUAUAAAUCAAUGCUCCCUGGACAAGCUACUCCUUCUCCUUUUGGUAUCAGUCCUUCUAUGACAGCUGUAAGCUCUCCUAGAUCUCAGAGAAGAUACACGGGUAGAGCAACCUGUGAUUGUCCAAACUGUCAGGAGGCUGAGAGACUUGGACCCUCCGGAUCUAAUCUUAGGAAAAAAAAUAUUCAUAAUUGCCACAUCCCGGGCUGUGGCAAAGUUUAUGGUAAAACCUCUCACUUGAAAGCUCACCUUAGAUGGCAUACCGGAGAACGACCUUUUGUUUGUAACUGGUUGUUCUGCGGGAAGAGGUUUACUAGGUCUGACGAGCUCCAGAGACACUUGAGAACACAUACAGGAGAGAAGAGGUUUGCUUGUCCUACUUGUAACAAGAGGUUCAUGAGAUCAGACCAUCUCGCCAAACACGCGAAAACUCACAGUGGAACUGGUGAAGAUUGUGGUACAGGGAGUGAGAAUAGUGACUCUGAAACCUCAAGACAAGACGUAGCUUCUCCGGGUUCAAUUCGAACCCCAGGCCUCACCUCCUUAUCUCCGAUCCAUGGACACACAGAUCUUAAAUCCUCCGGUCUGUGAAACCUUGUGAAAUAUUUCUCCGGGUCUAGUCAGUAGCUACAGCGUGCAGAACAAGAGAAUUCAGUGAACAUUGAAACCUGAACCUUGUCGCAAUUAUUUAAUUCAAGGAGUUUAUGUACAAAUAUCAAUCCUGACUCUCACCUCUGACGAAAAUCCAAAUUUUCGUCGACGAUUGUGCCAUAUCUGAGAUUUAGGCUAUAUAUAUUUCUUUCACGAAUACACACAUCCAAUUCUAUUUUCUGUGAUGAGCCGAGCAAAAAUAUUAUUAUUUUGUUUUCUGAAAACAUUUUGGUGAACCAACGAGUUUAAGGCAAGAAAUGAUGGAUGAAGGAUGAAUAAAUGAAUGGAUGGACGGACGACAGUUUUAUUUUACUGCGGAGCAGUCCUGUUGUCACGACUAAUAAAUAAAUUGUAUGUUUUAAAAAAAUCUAAUUAUUCCUGUCUUUUAUGUUCCGUAUAAUUAUGAUAAAUAUAUCCACCAUUUUCUUGUGAAAAAUAAACGCGAGGACUAUCUUAAA